AUGCACAACUGCCAUAAACGAAUAAGCGGUUACCUUGAUACUCUAAUAUGCGGAAAAAGGAAGUGUAGUGUCUCCUCAACAAUGCUUUUGCCGCUGGUUUCUUGGAUGUUUUCGCCCUCUUCACCCUCAUCAUCCUCUUCAGAAGAAGAAAAAGAAGAAGAAAGCCUUGACAUUAACACUGACCAAAACGACAAUGUGGAAGAUGAAGAAAACGACCUUUUUCUCAGUUCAUCCGAUGUCGACGACACCAUUCCCAUUGCCCUCGCUGUUCCCAAUGCCUCCCCCGCCGUGACGGUGGCCUUCCCCGCAGACGAUGAAAGGAACACCGUUGCCACCACCGCCACUGCCACCAUUAUAAUAACACGCUCAAAAGGACAGCAAACAGCCAAUUAUUCUGGCAUGGUGAGACAAUAUCAGAGGCUAUGGACCAAGCAGGACGAGAUGGAAUUGUUGAAGGGAUAUCUUGAUUACACCAAGCAGCACCGAAGGGCCACUGCAACUCUCCAAAACGAUGUAGCUAUGUUGUAUGAUCAUGUGAGGCCCAAACUGAACGUGGAAUUCAACAAGAACCAGCUUGUUGAGAAGCUGCGUAGGUUAAAGAGAAAACACAAGUUGGCUUUGGACAAAGGCAAGGAGAAAGAGGUUCUUUUUAAGAACCCCCAGGAGCUGGCCAUUUUUGAAAUCUCCCACAAGAUUUGGGGCAAUGACAAAGACAUAAUAGGACAAGAUGCCUUGGAUGAUGAUGAAUCAGGACGCACUCCUGAUUGUCAUGAUCUUGUCGGCAAUGUUAAGGUGAAGAUUGAACAUCCUGACAACAGUGAUGAAAUCGACAAUAGAGCGCCAAAGCGGCCACGGCUAAUCAUUGAUGAUUUGAACGGAACAAAUGAGCAGAACAAUGGUGAUGGUGAUACAAGCAUACACAGCUUCAUUGAGGAGACCAUGAGGUCCUGUUUCUCGCCAUUGAUUCAGGAACUGUUGGAUGAAGCACAGGAAGAGCAGUUUGGUGGGUUGCCGCUGAUCCCAUUGCCGAUAUACCCUGGAGAAGUGGGCGAUGAGCGAUGGCAAAAACGGAGGAUUUUAGAGCUGGAGGUGUAUUUGAAGAGGUUGGAAUUGUUGCGGGAUCAGAUCAAAACUAAAUUGGAAGAGUUGCGGUCUAGCUGA